AUGGCAGCCACGAGCACCACUCUCAGACCCCCAAGGCAGAGCGUGUUUUUCCAGGAUGACUACAGCAGUUGUGUGCCCUGGGGGAAGCUGGGUCAGCUUUCCCAUCCAAGCCCCCUCCCCUCUGUGCCCCCAGACCUUUGCAGUGUGCUCCCCGAAAUUCUGGUGCCAGCUGCCAAUGAGACGCUGGACUUAGUGCUGGGGAGCCAGGUCGAGCUGAACUGCACCGCACGCUGGGUGGGCACCGAGCGCUGCCAGCCCAUUCCCGCCUGGAGCAAGGAUGGGCAGUGGCUGGGCAACGGGAGCAGCCAGGACACUGUCUGGUCUGGCCGAAACUCCUCGGAGCAGCUCCUAGCCAGCGUCCUGCAGCUCAACCUCACCCACGAUACCGAUUUUGGGGUGUUUGCCUGCUGGAUCAGCAAUGCCACGGCCACCUUCACCCUGCGGCAAGCAGAGGCAGCAGGGCAUGUGCCAGCAGUGCUGGCAGCCUUCCUGGUCCUGGUGCUCCUGGUGCUCCUGGCUGUGCUCUAUGUCCAGUGCCGCCUGAAUGUGCUCCUGUGGUACCGGGACCGCUACGGAGAGCUGGAGAUCAAUGAUGGGAAGCUGUACGAUGCCUACAUCUCCCACGCCGCUGCCCCUGAUGACCGAAAGUUUGUCCACUUCAUCGUGAAGCCGCAGCUGGAAAACCGCCACGGCUACAAGCUCUUCCUGGAUGAGCAGAACAUCCUGCCCAAUUCAGAGCCUUCAGCUGACCUCAUCAUGAACGUCAGCCGCUGCCGGCGCCUCAUCGUGGUGCUCUCCGUCGCGUACCUGGAGCAGGAUUGGUGCAACAGCAGCUUCAGGGAAGGGCUCUGGAGGCUGCUGGAGCUUUCCAGGAAGCCCAUCUUCAUCGUCUUCGAGAGCCAGUACCGGGAGAUCACUCACCCCGCCAUCACCCUGCUGAAGCAGCACCGAAGCGCUGUGACCCUGCUGGUGUGGAGAGCUGGAUCCAUGACCCCAUCAUCGGAUUUCUGGAAGGAGCUGUGCCUGGCCCUGCCGCGCAAGGUGUCCUUCCCGGGGAGCGUGGGGGACCCGCAGACGCAGCUGCAGGAGGACAAGGACCCCAUGCUGAUCCUGCACAGCAGCUACCUGGACAGCGCAGGAGACCUGGACCCGGACGGGGACCUCGGCACAGGCCUCCGAGGGCGUAUCUUCGGAAGCCCCCAGCCGCCCCGCCUCGCUGGCCACGGCAUUCCCAGGGCUCCGGCAUCCAGCGGGAUGGAGGAUGCGCAGCUGCGGGACGCGCAACGCUCCGAGCUCGACGUCUCGGAUCUGGGAUCGCGCAACUACGGCGCCCGCACGGACUUCUACUGCCUGGUGACAGAGGAUGACAUCUGAGCAGGACCACAGGUGUCCCCCAUUCCUGUGGGGACACAGGGACCAGGUCACGGCCGAGGAGCGCCGAGUUAUGAUGGAAUCAGAGCUGUUAGUAAUGCUGGGAAAGCAGGAGCUGGCUCCAGACUGGAAAACUGGAAAACCGUCACCAGGAGCACCUUGCCCGCAAUACCUCA